AUGGAGUUGGAAACGUAUGGAUUCAACCGCAUCGGUUUAGUUCGUCUUUUCCAGUCAGGGAGAACUGUUACGGGAAAUGGUGAAUUCUAGUUCGUUGACGCUAAAACCUACAUGUCGCAUGCCGCCGAUAUGAUGGAGUUAGCCAGACAGGAGAUUUUCAUUGCUGGAUGGUGGUUGAGUCCAGAGAUAUACAUGAAGCGGCCGGCGUUGGAAGGCAAUUAUUGGAGGUUGGAUGAGAUUCUCAAGCGCAAAGCAAACCAGGGCGUUCGCAUAUUUAUACUUAUGUACAAAGAAAUGGAAAUGGCCUUGGGCUUGAAUAGUAUGUACAGUAAACGAACACUACAAGCGCUCCACCCUAAUGUUAAAGUCAUGCGUCAUCCUGAUCAUUAUCCAGGAACAGGAACAUUUUUCUGGGCCCACCAUGAAAAAUUGGUGAUAAUCGACCAAUUAAUAGCGUUUGUUGGAGGGGUUGAUCUUUGCUUUGGUCGAUGGGAUGACAAUCAACAUCUGUUAACUGAUCUCGGAUCUGUACAGUUUGGACAACAGCAUGGUUUAUCGCAUGAUAUCAAUAUA